GGCCCUUCCCCCCGCCCCAUUCCUCUACGCCGCCAGUUUGUUAAAUUAAUGCAGUAAGAAAGUCAGUCUGAAGAUCUGAGGGAGUCUGGCCAGAAGAUGGGUGAGCUCAGAAACCCGACUUGCCUCUGAAAGGUUGAGCUCCCGAGCCCUGCUGGGAAGCCAUGGACCCCAGCAGCCCCUGAAAGUUGUGGUGGGCUCUAUUGCGCCUGCAGCCCCAAGCAAUGGGACACCGUUCCUGCAGCAAUUCCAACUUAUUCGGAGGGCACCAGCAAACACGGACUGCAAGGCGACAGCAGACUGGAACGGAGGCAGGGGAACGAGAUUCAGGGACUCGGUUGUGUUGCGCCAGCCUGGCACACUCUCCGACAUCUAACUGAAGCCAGCACCGUCACCUGCUCCACCACCACCACCACCACCUACACACACACACACACACACACACACACACACACACACACACACACACACACACACACACACACACACACACACACACACACACACAAAAGAAAAAAACAAAAAAAAAACCUAAAACCCCUCGGGCCAGCCCAGGGCCAGAAAGAAGAUGCCAGCCGGGUCUAAAGGUCCGAGGCCAGGGCUCUGAUCCCCACGGAUUUCUUGUUUGCAUGAAGCUGGCCAUCUCGACAUAAAAAUAAGGGUUAAAAAGAGAAAAAUAAAGAAAGAAAAGAAAAGAAGAAAAUAUACCCACCCCCAAGAGUGCCUCCCAGCGCCGCAGGGAGCCUUCAGCGAGUUGAGCACCAGCAGCGCUCUUCCCGCCCGCAGCCGGGCUGGACGCUCUCCGUGGUGCUGAACCUGCACGGCCGCCGCUGUCCGCGGUACCCAAGCUGCGCCUGGCUGCAAUUCUCCCCGGCUCUGCCACCUCGUCCCUCUACUUCCCAGCUCCCUUGAACAUCUGGAUUAUUUUUCCCCAUUGGCGCUCUCUGGUUUCAUAGGUGCCCAUCGGAAAUAUUUUGCACCCCCAUAACUCGUGGACUUUACAGCACAAGAAUCUGGAAAAUGUACAGCUUCAACACUCUGCGAUUCUACCUUUGGGAGACCAUUGUAUUCUUCAGCCUUGCUGCUUCCAAGGAGGCUGACGCUGCCCGCUCUGCCCCCAAGCCUAUGUCGCCCUCAGACUUCCUGGAUAAGCUCAUGGGGAGGACUUCUGGGUAUGACGCCAGGAUCAGGCCCAACUUUAAAGGUCCCCCUGUGAACGUGAGUUGCAACAUCUUCAUCAACAGCUUUGGCUCCAUUGCUGAGACAACCAUGGACUACAGGGUCAACAUCUUCCUGAGGCAGCAGUGGAAUGACCCCCGUCUGGCCUACAAUGAAUACCCUGACGACUCUCUGGACCUUGACCCGUCCAUGUUGGAUUCCAUCUGGAAGCCGGACCUGUUCUUUGCCAAUGAGAAGGGAGCCCAUUUCCAUGAGAUCACCACUGACAACAAACUGCUGAGAAUCUCCAGGAAUGGCAAUGUCCUCUACAGCAUCAGGAUCACCCUGACGCUGGCCUGCCCCAUGGACCUGAAGAACUUCCCGAUGGAUGUACAGACAUGUAUCAUGCAACUGGAAAGCUUUGGAUACACCAUGAAUGACCUCAUCUUUGAGUGGCAGGAGCAGGGAGCCGUGCAGGUGGCAGAUGGACUGACCCUGCCUCAGUUUAUCCUGAAAGAGGAGAAGGACCUGAGAUACUGCACCAAGCAUUAUAACACAGGUAAAUUCACCUGCAUUGAGGCCCGAUUCCACCUGGAGCGGCAGAUGGGCUACUACCUGAUCCAGAUGUACAUUCCCAGUCUGCUCAUUGUCAUCCUGUCCUGGAUCUCCUUCUGGAUCAACAUGGAUGCUGCACCAGCUCGUGUGGGACUGGGCAUCACCACUGUGCUCACCAUGACCACACAGAGUUCUGGCUCCCGAGCCUCCCUACCCAAGGUGUCCUAUGUGAAAGCCAUUGACAUUUGGAUGGCUGUGUGCCUGCUCUUCGUGUUCUCGGCUCUGCUGGAAUAUGCAGCGGUGAACUUCGUGUCUCGGCAACACAAGGAGCUGCUGCGAUUUAGGAGGAAGCGGCGACAUCACAAGAGCCCCAUGCUGAAUCUGUUUCAGGAUGAUGAGGGUGGAGAAGGCCGCUUCAACUUCUCCGCCUAUGGGAUGGGGCCAGCCUGUCUGCAGGCCAAGGAUGGCAUCUCUGUCAAGGGUGCCAACAACAACAACACCACCAACCCCCCUCCUGCACCGUCCAAGUCCCCGGAGGAGAUGCGGAAACUCUUCAUCCAGAGAGCCAAGAAGAUCGACAAGAUAUCGCGCAUUGGGUUCCCCAUGGCCUUCCUCAUCUUCAACAUGUUCUACUGGAUCAUCUACAAGAUCGUCCGAAGGGAGGAUGUCCACAACAAGUGAAGGCUCUGGGGUGGGGUGGGGGGUUGGGAGAGGGUGGUGGGAGGAGCACCGAGGCUGGGAGCCAGGGGAGGAGGGAGAGAGGGAGAGUGCACACCCAUCUCCCUCCACCAAGUGCAAUAGAGACCACAGGGGUGGAUACUUCCAGGGUAUGGCAAUAUUCAUCUAGCCUCCGAGGGCAUGAGUUGGGGGGUGCUUUUCAAAUACAGCAACU